AGAAUCCAGGGAGGGGAUUUGGAAACCAGCCACCCAAACCCUAGAUUCGGGAAUAGGCGGCGGGUUCGGUGCGAGACAACCACCACCACAACUCCAAUUCCGAGGAAUCCAGUCGCCUCCCCACAGCUCAUCGGCGCUACCACCGCGAGGGAACUCCAACAAUCGAAAGGGAGUUGACAAAUCAAAACUCUAUUGCACACAUUGUGGGAUGACCAAGCACACCAAGGAGACGUGCUUCAAACUCGUCGGCUUCCCGGAAUGGUGGGAAGAUGGUCACAAAUCAAACAAGAACAACACCGGCAAGGGAAGAAUCGCCGUCGGGCGAGAAGGAGCAGACGAGAGCUUUUUCCUAGCGGGCAACCAAGUGGCCGCCGGCGCUGGGAACGAUGGCAGCCGUCCGAUUGGGAGCUCAGCGGCGGGCAGCUGGUGGGGAUCUGGUGGAGGAAGCGGAAAAGAGGAAGAAGCUGCUAAGGCGUCGUAUACACGCUCAAUUGAAGGAUAUUCGGACGGGGAUGACGAUUGGGCGUGGCACUGAAUACCAUGGGUUAUACUAUGUGGACGAGGUAGCUCAAACUGGCAGAGGGAUGUUGGCUCACAGACCUACGGAACGAGAAAUGUGGUUAUGGCAUAGGCGGUUAGGACAUCCGUCCUUGAGUUAUUUAAAUAUUUUAUUUCCAAAUUCUCCUAAAAGCUUCACUUUUGAAUGUCAGACAUGUGUUUUGGCAAAAAGUCACAGACAAUCUUUUAAAUCAAGUAAUACUAGGGUUGAUUCGGUUUUUUCUUUAAUACACUCUGAUGUUUGGGGUCCUUCGCCAAUAGUUGGGGGAAAUGGAUUUCGAUAUUUCGUUCUUUUUAUUGAUGAUUGCACUCGCA